UUCAAUUCGUCUUCAAUUCAAUCUGCUUGCUUGCUAGCUAUUUCAAUUCAAUGGCGGCUAAAAUCCAUCCUCAGAUAUCUUCAUCAUCUUCCAAUUCUUGUUCUAACUACGUGACUUCAAAAAGAGAAACACUUACGAUAUGGAUGAAAUCCUUGGUUUUCCAUGGCAAUGGUUGCACCGCCUAUAAUUCCAAAGGAGAAAUCGUUUUCAGAGUUGAUAAUUAUCAAGAAAAGAACAGCACCAAGGUUUAUCUCAUGGAUUUGCAUGGCCAGGUCCUCUUUUCCAUUCAAAAACAGAAACUAAGAAUUUUCGGUCGCUGGAACGGAUACAAAUGGAACAGCAGUAGUGGAUUAUUGAAGGGGAGGCCAUGGUUUCAAGUGAGAAGGAGUUGCAGAUUCUUGAAACGAGACUUGACUUGUAAUGUUGGGGUGGGUAGUUGUGAUAAGAUCAUCCAUGGGAACUCUUACAUGUUGAAGAAAUCAGAUGGAAAAUCUGCUUUCAAGAUUGUUGACCACAGCACUGGCAACACAGUUGCAGAGGUGAAACAGAAGCAAUCAUCUCAAGGUUUGGCCUUUGGUGAAGAUGUACUGAGCUUGGUUGUGGAGCCCCAGAUUGAUCAGUCACUGAUUAUGGCUAUUAUUGUCACAGUGUUUGGACUGGUUAAUUGUAAACUGUAACUAUUAAUUACUCCUCCACCUUCAGGAAUUUCUUGCCACACUUGUAAAUUUCACAGAGGAAAUACUUGUAACAUCAAACUUUAAUUUACUCAAAAAGUUUCCAUUUUUACCUCA